AUGGCUUUGCGGUGCUCGGCAGCGUGGCAGCGGCCAUCCCCAGAGAAGCUGGGUUUCGCCUUGCUUCCUCCGCCCCCGGCUCUUACAGAGUGUUUGUUUAGCCGGGAAGGCAUGGAGAGCAGCUUCGUGUUUUAUGUCUUUGGAGGCAUUUUGGACUCGCUGGAAGCGUCUCGCUUCUUCCUCUGGUUUCGUGGAAUCUGGCGCAUCCCCGUGGAUGAGAUCGACCGCCCGGGCAGUUUUGCAUCUCAUAUGAACCGACUGAAUGUGCUGUCACAGCUGAAGGAUUACACCACCUUGCUCAAAGUCUCAUCUAUGCUGCAGAGGACCCCUGAUCAGGGAAAGAAGUACUUGCGUGAUGCAGAUCGUCAAGUUCUGGCCCAACAAGCCUUUGUGCUUACAGUGAAAGUGCUGGAGGACACUCUGAACGAUCUGACGCAGGUUUCAGAAGAUCAGAAUUCCAAGUCUUCUAACCUUGCUUCAGGAAGGAUGACCACGGACGUCUCUAAUAAAACUAGCGCUGAAGAGGGGAAGGAUGUCCUUCCCAAAAAGCCAGUUUUAUCAGAUGGAGUAGUACAUAGUACUGAAAAUGGAGUAAAGGAAGUGACCCAGGGACAAAUUCCCAAUGCUAUGGACAUAUUGGAACAAGAGGACAAGAAUGACAAGGAAAUUAAGGAGCUCCCUAGGCCUGGUUCAGUUGAGCCUAUGGAUCUUGAUGGAUAUUCCAAUGACCCUGAAAAAAUUGAUUCUUCAUGUAAACGCAGCGAGCCAGAGCGACUUCAGCCUGGCAGGAACUCAAAGGAGAGAGCUCCAGAGAGCCGGACUCCAGAACUUUCUUUGGAAGAGCUAAGUAUCAGCUCAAAACAUCAGCAGCAGGCAGCUAAAGGAGUAGUUCAAGCAAUACCUGCAGAAGAACCUGUCCAGAGAUCAAGCAGGAAGAGGAAAUUACUUGAGGACGUGGAGUCUGGGAAAACACUUCUACUCGAUGCUUAUCGGGUAUGGCAGCAAGGUCAGAAGGUCAUGGCCUAUGACCUGGGCAAAAUUGAGAAGAUCAUGUCCGAAACAUAUAUGCUGAUUAAACAGGUGGAUGAAGAAGCAGCACUUGAACAGGCAGUCAAGUUUUGCCAGGUGCAUAUGGGAGCAUCGGCACAGAAACAGUCCACAGGAGAAACACCCACAACCCCAAAGCAUACAAAGGACAACAGAGAGAGCUUCUUCCCAGUGACACCAGCCACACUGCAUCCUACCCCAGUGAAUCCAGACACUGUAUCACCUGAAAAUCUCCUGAGACUGAACGAUCUGCACUCCAAAUCCAAACAAGCCUCUUCCUCUUCAUCCUCCUCCUCCUCAGCAUCUUCAGUACCUCCAUCCCAGGAGUCACACAGGGACACUGACCAUCUCCGGAGUCAAAAUGCAGAGACUGCUCCCAGCAUGAGUGAUCUCGCACGUGAGGAAGAAGAGCUUGAAGUGCCUUUGGAGGGGCUUGGAUUUCAGCAGCAGGAGUCACGGCUUUGUCAGCAGAUGAAAAUGGCUACUGUUGCACCGUCGCCAGAGCCUGUGUGCUGGCAAGUGGAAUCGGUGACCAGCACAAAUUCGGGGCAUGUUUGUACCCAAGCCUCCAGUUCCAAGCCUGAACUCAGCUCCAGUUCACAGACUUUGGGAAGUCAGCAGAACAAGACAGAUGGCACCCGAGUAAAAACUCGCAUUCUGCCCAACAUGCCAAAGCUUUUCAUACCUUCAUCUGUCACCAAAUUUCCACCUGAGAUCACUGUCACUCCACCCACUCCCACCCUCCUUUCUCCAAAGGGCAGCAUUUCAGAAGAGACCAAGCAAAAAUUAAAGUCUGCUAUUUUGUCUGCUCAGUCUGCAGCGAAUGUAAAGAAGGAGAGCCUUUGUCAGCCAGCUUUGGAAAUCUUAGAGACCUCAAGCCAGGAGUCCUCACUGGAAAGUGAUACUGAUGAAGAUGAUGACUACAUGGACAUAUGAAUGAAUUCUGGCCAUCAUCAACACCAACCACAUCACCAUUCUUCCUGUUGCCAGCAUCUCUGGCAGUCGAAACAUCUUCGUUGGCAUUGCUCUCCAUUUAAUCUGCAUCAUUGUGUUCUUCACUUUCAUUACCUUUGUUAUCACCACUACCACGUGUAUUGCCUUCAAAACCUUCGCCAUUCUCCCCAUCGUGGUGCUUGACGGAAAGAAUGGUUGUUUACCAGGCAGUUAAUUAAUUUGGACCACGCUGUCACCUUUAACUUCAGUAAACGCAAGGAUGUUUUGAGCUGCAAUUCACAUCUCUGCUGUUCCUGCUUCUUCAAACCAGAGCCUUGGGGGUCACUCCAGUAGCUCUUUUUUACCGGAUUUUCUUCCUUUUAGUUGUCGUUCUGCAUUUGCCCUGCUCGUUAAGUUUUUCUCCCAAUAAUUCAACAACCUAGUGUCUGUCUAGCCAUGCCACAAUUAGUCCAGCAGCUCAUUUUAAGUAAAAAUUUGCUGAGCUGCUAGAGGUUUUAAUUGCAUGAAGUAAGUCUGUGGCGUUUGUUGUGGGGCGAGAAGGGUGAGCUGAGAGUCUGUUGGCUCCUUGGGGCUGCUGGGUGCUUUUUUGGAGUUUAACUCGGUGACAACAGGCAAAGCACCAGCUUUUCCAGGCAGGCAGAGAGGUUGGCCUCCUGUUUGUGCUCAUUUCACACCAAUGUAUGAGGUCCAGCAAAUACAAUCUACCUGAAUGUUGGCUCAAAGAACUGAUCUUUCCAGAAUUGUCUUACAGUCCUUUCUCUUCUAAUGCCUUGGACAAGCAUUUUGAACUGGGGGCUAGAUGAUAUUUUUAUGGCGGUAUUGAAAAAACUUAAAAGAUUUCAAUACCAUUUCAGUAAUGUCUGUUUUUUACAGAAUGACACGAAAAGGUAUUUUUUAUCUAUCUGCAGAAGGACUGCUCACAGUUAUUUAUAUGAGAAAAUAAUGGUAACAAAGUUCCUUUUUUUUUUUCUACUAAAUGUUAACUUUGUAAAAUAAUGAAUGCAAACCAUGCAAAAAAAACCCCGUCACACUAUAUAUACACAUGCGUGCGCCCACACACAUAUAUAUAUGUGGAUGUACAUAUAUAUAUGUAUGUAUAUGAAAAAAGAAAAUGCAUACAGCUCGCAACAUUGGAUUUCCUUGUGUUUGGGGGAGGUGGUUUUCUGUAAAAUGCGGAGCUUUGUAUAAACUUUUGUUUUUUUCUAAUAAAGUUGAAAUG